CCCGCCGCCGCGACCAUGACCCAGGCCGCCGCCCUCGGCGAGGUGACCCAGGUGCUGUGCGCGGCCGGGGGCGCCUUGGAGCUGGAGGAGCUGCGGCGCCGCUUGCGGGAGGGCGUCGGCGCCGACGCGCUGGAGCGCCUGCUGCGGGAGCGCGGCCGCUUCGCGGUGGCGACGCGGGCGGGCGCGGACGGCGUGCUGGCCACCAAGCGCGUCGUGCUGGCCGUCUCGGCGCUGCGCCUGUGCCGCGCGCACCCGAGCCCCAAGCCGGGCUGCGUCGGGCUGUGCGCGCAGCUGCACCUCUGCAAGUUCUUGGUCUACGGGGCCUGCAAGUUCACGAGGGCCGGGAAGAACUGUAGAAACAGUCACAGCUUGACGACAGAUCACAACCUGAGUGUGCUGAGAACUCACGGUGUUGACCACCUCAGCUACAGUGAGCUCUGCCAGCUUUUGUUUCAGAAUGACCCCUGGCUUUUGCCAGAGAUCUGCCUUCAUUAUAACAAAGGAGAUGGACCCUACGGCUCUUGUUCCUUUCAAAAGCAGUGUAUCAAACUCCAUAUCUGCCAGUAUUUUUUACAGGGUGAAUGCAAGUUUGGCACUAGCUGUAAAAGAUCACAUGAUAUCUCUAAUGCUGAGAAUCUGGAAAAACUGGAGAGGUUGGGCAUGAGCUCAGAUCUGGUGAGCAGGCUGCCUUCCAUUUACAGAAAUGCUCACGACAUUAAGAAUCGGAGCUCCACCACCAGCAGAGGGCAUCCUCCUACCCCGGGCCCACAGGGGACUUCUGAAAGAAGAGAUAGCUCAGGUUCUGUGUCCCCAAACACUGCUAACCAAGAGGAGAGCGAUCAGAUCUGCUUGUACCAUAUCCGGAAAAGUUGUAGCUUUCAAGAUAAGUGCAAUAAAGUUCACUUCCAUUUGCCAUAUCGAUGGCAGUUCUUGGACAGAGGCAAGUGGAAAGAUUUGGACAAAAUGGAGCUUAUUGAAGAGGCAUAUAGCAAUCCCAGGAAAGACAGGAUCCUGUGUGCUGAGUCAGCCAGCAACUUUCACUUUGAUUGUCUAGACUUUGAGUUCAUGAUGUUUGGCGCAGCCCCCGCCCGCCGCCUCUCCACGGCCUCCUCGGUUACUAAACCUCCACACUUCAUCCUCACCACUGACUGGGUUUGGUACUGGACUGAUGAGUUUGGUUCUUGGCAGGAAUAUGGGCAACAAGGCAUGGAGCACCCCGUGACCACUGUCAGCAGCAGCGAUUUGGAGAAGGCCUACCUGGCGUACUGUGCCUCAGGCUCUGACGCCCAGGCAGCCGUCCUGAAGUUCCAGGCUGGAAAGCACAGAUACGAGUUAGACUUCAAAGUGUUUGUUCAGAAAAACCUGGUCUAUGGCACAGUCAGAAAGGUUUGCCGGCGACCCAGAUACGUGUCCCCUCAGGAGGUGAAGGUGAAGCAAGCCUGCAGUGUCAAGUUUCAAGGCCCAAAGAGCAUCCCAGACCAUUGGGACCCCUCGGCCCUGCCAGACCCUGGCUUUAAGAAGAUUACCCUCAGUUCUUCAUCAGACGAGUAUCAAAAGGUCUGGAACCUAUUCAACCGUACGCUGCCUUUUUACUUUGUUCAGAAGAUUGAGCGAGUCCAGAAUCUGGCUCUCUGGGAAGUCUACCAGUGGCAAAAAGGCCAGAUGCAGAAGAGAAAUGGAGGGAAGGUGGUCGAUGAGCGGCAGCUCUUCCACGGCACCAGUGCAAAUUUCGUUGAUGCCAUCUGCCAGCAGAACUUCGACUGGCGGGUCUGUGGUCUUCAUGGUACUUCCUAUGGCAAGGGGAGCUACUUUGCCCGGGAUGCCGCGUACUCCCACCACUACAGCAAAUCUGACACCAAGUCCCACACGAUGUUCCUGGCCCGGGUGCUGGUGGGGGAGUUCAUCCGAGGCAAUGCCUCCUUCGUCCGUCCCCCAGCCAAGGAGGGCCUUGGCAGUGUCUUCUACGACAGCUGCGUGAACAGCAUGUCCGACCCGUCCAUCUUCGUGGUCUUCGAGAAGCACCAGGUCUACCCGGAGUACGUGAUUCAGUAUACCGGCUCCACCAAGCCCACGGCUGGUGCCUCUGCCCUCUUCUCCUUGGCGUCUUUCUUUGGGGGCCGGCAGUGAGCCUGCGAGGAUGUUUUUAAUGCCUUUCAGGCGUGGCUUCCUUGGAGUAGC